UGCCCAACAGUGACGCCUAUGAUGGGCACGCUGCGCGUCUUUUAAUUGGUUAAGCGUAAUGUUUACAUUUUAAAUAAUAUUAAAUACACUAGUAAGACCGCUAUAACGGUCGUUUAACAAGAUUUAAACAUUCAAAGUAAAUGGACAAAUCAGUAACUUUGGUUUUACGUCUCUGUUGGUGCAAGGAUUACGCGACGCUCUGAGCACGUUCAUAUUUGCGAGUAUGUGUUUGAAAUAAUAUAAAAUGCAAAAGUUUAUCAACAAAAAGUAACUGAAACAAGUGCAGGGCUAUACAAAAAGAGAAGCAAGAUUUUGACUCCCUCUCACAAAUCCAUGGCAACUAACAAAGAGUUCACCUGUAUGUAAAUUGUUGGAGGCUCUGAGAUAACAAUCGAGCACAAAAACACAAAGCACAGCCAAGCAAUACAAAGCAACUGCAACGACAACUGGGAUAAUCUGGACGCCAGAUCCUCUUGCGCAAGAUGACUUUCAAACCCUUUCGCCGUGGCUCGGCGCGCUGCAUUGGCCUCCUGUCGGCAUUUGUGACCAUUUUGCUGUUCCUCUACUACUUCUCCAUUGGCCAGCCGAGCCCGGCGCACAUCGCAGAUGCCAAUACGGCGGGCAUGAAUCGUGCCCAGGCGGCGGCGCUUAACAGCUUUAGCAUGGAGCAGCAUCAACAGCUGAAGCAGCAGCAGCAGCAACAGCAGGAGCAGCAGCAGCAACAACUGGAACAGCAGCAGCAGCAGCAGCAACAACAACAACAACAACAAGCCAAGAAAAUGUAUCCCAGCACGCAGCAACACGAAAUUGUGGACGAGGAGUCGCUGCGGAAUGUGCAUUGGGGCGACAAGUGCUACGUGCUGCUCCAGAGCAGAACAAACAUUACCGCCUCGGAGGAGCACAGCCGAUUUGACUUCCAGCCCGAAUGGAUGCGCUCGAAGGAGUAUUGGGAUCGCGGCUUUGAGGAGCGCUACGAGGCGCAGAAGAAGGAUAAACAACGUCCGCCUUUGAAGGUCAUCGUUGUGCCGCACUCCCACAACGAUCCCGGCUGGCUGAAGACCUUCUACAACUACUUCCAAUCGGACUCGCGCCAGAUACUGAAUCUGCUGGUGACCAAGAUGCAGGAGUAUAAGGACAUGACCUUCAUCUGGUCGGAGAUCAGCUUUCUGCAGCUCUGGUGGGAUCAGGCGCAUCCCACCAAGCAGCGCGCCCUCAAGCGCCUGGUCAACUCGGGACGCAUUGAAAUCACCACCGGCGGCUGGGUCAUGACGGAUGAGGCCAAUGUGCACAUUUAUCCCAUGCUCGAUCAGCUCAUCGAGGGCCACCAGUGGCUGAAGAACAAUUUGAAUGUGACGCCCAAGGUGGGCUGGUCCAUUGAUCCCUUUGGGCACGGCAGCACGGUGCCCUAUCUGCUGUCCGGUGCCCAGUUCGAGGGCGCGAUCAUACAGCGCAUCCAUUAUGCCUGGAAGGAGUGGUUCGCUCGCCAGCAGAGCGGAGAUUUCAUCUGGACGCCCUACUGGCGCACGGCCAACGGCCACGGCAAGCUACUGACCCACAACAUGCCCUUCGACAUAUACUCCAUAAAGGGCUCCUGCGGACCGCAUCCCUCCAUCUGCCUGAACUUUGACUUUCGCAAGAUACCCGGAGAGUACACGGAAUACUCGCUGAAGGCGCAGUACAUCACGGAUGAGAAUCUGGAGGAAAAGGCAGAGCUGCUCCUGGAGCAAUACGCACGCACCGCCUCCCUGUUCCCGCACAACGUGGCCUUGAUACCCGUGGGUGACGACUUCCGCUACAACAAGGAGCGCGAGGUGGACCAGCAGUAUCGCAACUACAAGAAGCUCAUCAGCCACAUCAUGGCUAACAAGCGGCUGUACAACGUGGACAUUAAGUUUGGCACGCCCAGCGAUUACUUUGCGGCCAUACGAGAGCGCAUGGGCUCGGAGAAGGCGUUCCCCAGCUUCAAGGGUGAUUUCUUCGUCUACUCGGAUAUCUUCUCGGAGGGCAGACCCGCCUACUGGUCGGGCUACUUCACGACCCGGCCCUACUACAAGCUCUUGAGCGCCGAGCUGGAGCACAAUUUGCGCGCUGCCGAGAUUCUGUUCACGAUUGCUUACAAUACGGCGCGGCAACUGCACCAUGAUGACGCCAUCAAGAUCUACGAGAAGAACUAUGAGCAAAUUAUCCAUGCGAGGCGCAAUCUGGGCCUGUUCCAGCACCACGACGCCAUCACGGGCACCUCCAAGGCGGCGGUGAUGCGUGACUAUGCGAUGCGACUGUUCGACAGCACCCAGAACAUGGUCAAGAUGCAGGAGGCGUGUGUGGAGCUGCUGCUCCAGAACAGCAGCUCACACCAGCACGGUUUCCUGAUCAGUGAAUUCGAACGGGACAACUUUAGCAAAUUGCCCAGAAAGAUGCCCAUCCAGCUGAUGUAUCCGAGCGCCGCGGGCAGCGACGAGGCCGGCAACAGCGGCACCACCAACACGGGCAACGACCUGGACGAUGGCGAUGCAGAGUCACCUGUGCCGCUCGCCAAAAAUGCUGAGGCCAGCUUUGUGGUCUUCAAUGCGCUCACACAGCGGCGCAUCGAGAUCGUCACGCUGCGAGUGCAGCAGCCCAACGUGCGGAUCUACAAUGAACGCGGCGUCGAGCUGAAGCACAUCCAGAUCAAUCCCGUGUGGAACAUCACGGAUGCCUACGAACAGCAGGGCUUCAAUGCAAUGCCCCAGUCGAGCAUCGGCGCUCGCAUACGCACCUCCAGGCGUCAGUACGAGGUGAUGUUUGUGGCCGAGCUGGAGCCACUCUCGCUGACCACCUAUCGCGUCCAGGUGGACGAGUUCAACUACAAGCGCAACAUUGCCACCAUCUACUGCGACGACUGCACCGAGAAGGCGACUGUCAACGAGGCUGGCAAUACAACGCCCGGCAAGCCCAAUCCUGUGGAGUUCGAGGCAAAGGCCAAGCCAGCCGGUGACAUCCAGCUGGAGAAUGGCCACAUGCGCUUGCUGUUCGAUGAGAAGAGCGGUUUCCUGAAGACCAUCACCCGGAAAAACAAACAGCAGCAGCUGCUGCAUCCGAUGCAGUGCGCCAUCAAAUUCGCGGCCUAUCGCAGCGCGCAGUUCCAUUCGGGCGCAUAUCUGUUCAAAACGGAUCCCGAGCAGAGUGAGGCCGAGAAGGAUGUGCUGGAGCAGUACGAGGAUGUGCGCAUCAUAAUCACCUCCGGGCCCAUUGCCAGCGAUGUGACGGUCAUCUACGGGCCAUUCAUGGCGCAUACUGUGCGAAUUUUCAACACCCAUACGCAUCUGGAUGCCGCCAUAUAUAUCGAGAAUGACAUCGACUUUGAGCCGCCUCCCAAGAAUCGGGAAACGGAGCUAUUCAUGCGUCUGGUCACCAACAUAGAUAACAUUGCGCCGGCGCCAGUGCAACGCGAUCCGCUCAAGGAUCCAACAGAGACCAGCAUGCCCGAAUUGCCAGUAUUUUACACGGAUCAGAAUGGUUUCCAGUUUCAUCAGCGCAUCAAGGUGCCUGCGAUUGGCAUCGAGGGCAACUAUUUCCCCAUUACGUCGGCCGCAUUUAUGCAAGAUGCGCGCCUGCGGCUAACGUUGCUCACUACGCAUGCGCAGGGCGCCGCCAGCUAUGAGCCCGGCCAGCUGGAGGUGAUGCUGGAUCGUCGCACCCUCUACGAUGAUUAUCGCGGCAUGGGCGAGGGCGUGGUCGACAGUCGGCUGACGCGGCACAAGUUUUGGCUGCUGGUGGAAGACAUCCCGGCUAGCCAGCAUGUGGACAACCCGCCCAGCUACAAGGUGCUCAGCUUGCAGGCCCAACAGUUGGCCAACGGACUGCGUUAUCCACCAAAUCUCUACUUUUUGAGCAACUUCGAGCAGCCCCAAGCGGCGCUGCAUUCACUCGUCCGUCUUCUGCCACACGGAGCGCUACCCUGCGACGUCCAUUUGACGACACUGCGCACACUCUCGGAGCCACAGCUGCAACUGUUUCCGUCCGCCUCGGCACUGAUGGUGCUGCACCGCCAGGGCUACGACUGCAGCGUCAGCUCGCAGCAUCUGGACAUGAGCAGCCUGUGCCCGCUGACUGGCAACGGACUGGGCGCCGUUCGCUUCGGAGAUCUGCAUCUGCAAAGCAUCGAGGCGACCAGCCUAACGGGCUUGGCCAAGAAUACGCAGCCGCAAAGCUUACGCUCGCUGGCAGAGAUCACGCUCGAGCCCAUGGAGCUGCGCACCUAUAAUCUAACGUUUAGUGGCGCACUGUAAGCCCCGUAAGAUAACCAAUAGCCCAGACAACGGCCGCAACUAGUGAAGCCUCUAUGAUUUAUCUCAUGUGAAACAGAAUCGAAAAUAUUUAUUUUAUUUAUUUAAUAUUUAGUUAAGGCAUUGAUUUAUUUUUCGUAGCUCUUAAGUACGGACAAGUGCAUGUUAUUAAGCUUUAUUUACGCAGCGUACUCUCUUCUCCGCGUCUCACAGAUUUCAAAGUACAAAGCCCAGAGCAUAGUUAUCAUAUACCAAAACUACCUAUGUGAAUCUAUAUCCAAUAGACCAUUUCACUGCCCGCGAGCAUUCCGUUGAAGCAAUUGUAAGCUCCAUAGAAUUCUAAACUGUACGGUCCACACUUUGUGCAAUAUGUUUAAUUUGUUAUCAACAAUUCAAGCAGUUGAUGAUUCGUAGAGAUAUAUCUCAUUUAAAUUGAAUUGUCUAGCAAAAGACAAACAGAUAAUAUCUUAUACUAUUUUAACUGUGUUUAUCUAUUGAUCUAAUUAGUCAACUUGUAUAUCAUUUAUCUAAUUUAUGAUUAACAGGCAAUAU